ACUACGCGACUACGCUACGAUUUCGCUGUCGCAUUCCGCGGGAUGCCGACGAGCUGCGUGGCCUUUGGCUGCCGGAGUUGGCACCGGCCAGGAGACAAGAAAAGCUAUUUUCGAUUCCCUUCGAAGAAACUGUUCCCUCAUCGAAGAGCGGCCUGGAUCCGAGCAGUGAAGCGAGUGCUCCCGUCAGACCCAAACAAGGCUUGGGAGCCAAGUAAGGAGUCGCGAAUAUGCGAGGAUCACUUCGUAACAGGGGAACCAUCACUGGACAACAGCCACCCUGACUACGUGCCGACUGUAUUCACUUACGUGAAGAACCGGCCGUCGGUCCUCGGCCGCUACGAACGGUGGAAACAUCGUUUGUCGACGGGGGAGAUCGAGCACGAGGACAAUCUUGGUCAGUCCGUGAUGUCUGGGACGCAUGACGGGUGCAGACUCAAGAUUGCACAGAUGCAGCAGCGGAUCUUGAGUUUGGAAGCUGACAACAUGCGCCUCCAAGUGGAGCUACAGCACCACGAGACACGGCGGCUAUCGGUUGACUUCAUCAGACAUGACCCCAAGCAGUGCAUUUAUUACACUGGGCUGCCCGAGUUUGCUGUAUUUGAAGCAGCAUACGAUUUUUUUGCACCUCGGGCAUCCCAGAUGCAAUACUGGUCGAGCGGUCGAAAGAGUAGCGGGAUGAAAGGCCGCCCCCGGGAGUUGGAGCUCAUUGAGGAAUUCUUCAUGGUACUUACUAGGCUGAGAACGGGAAUGGCUGGCAGGGAAAUGGCCCGCAAUUUUGGAGUACAUGAAGCGACGGUGAGCAGGCUGUUUACAACCUGGAUAAACUUCCUGCAGCGAGAGUUGAGUACACUGACACGGCUUCCAUCUCUGCACGAAAUUCAGAUGUAUUUGCCUCAUGCCUUUCGCUACUUCGUAAACACAAGAAUAGUUCUCGACGGAACGGAGGUGCGCAUCCAGAGGCCCUCUUCCCUGGCUGCCCAGAGGCAUACUUUUUCACCUUAUAAGCAUUUUAAUACUUAUAAGGCGGUCAUUGGCUGUACCGCUGAUGGCUACGUUUCAUAUGUUUCCAAGUUAUGGGGAGGGUCAGUUUCAGACAGGCUGAUUGUAGAGGAGAGUGGGUUGUUAGGGCUAUUGGAGUCAGGUGAUGCCAUUAUGGUGGAUAAGGGUUUCAAGCUUAAUAACAUACCAGCAGGGGUUCAGGUGCACAUCCCUGCUUUCAGAAAGCCGCAAGAGCCGCAAAUGCCAGAGGAGGACGUUGCGCACUCCCGCCGGGUGGCUAGUGCCAGAGUAAUUGUUGAGCGUGUGAUUGGGAGGGUAAAACAGUUUCACAUUUUGGAUCGUCCGUUCCCCAUCACAAUGAUCGGCAUUGCUAACCAGGUCUUUCAAGUUUGUUGUUUCUUAAGCAAUUUCCGGGAGCCACUGACUAGGGAUGACUAGUGUCACAGUCAAAACAUGUAAACUUCCCUGUGUAAAUACUUUAAGGCAAUGAAAAAUUUUGCGAAAAAACAAAUCACUUGCACGACUUAUUUAGCAUGCACGCUGAAUGAUGCAUGUUAAAUGGAUGCGAAACAAGAUUUUGGAUCUCGUAAAACAAGCCAGGUGCAAUAGGCGGGACAUUACAAACCCCCAUAACAUCACUCGUACCGCAAUAUUUCGAACGGAUGGCCGUAUUUUUAGGAAAGAAGGGAGCGAUUGAACGACGAAGGCAGGCAAGGCCUGUCAUGUUCAGAUCCUCAUUCCCCCUCGAGGAGGUAAACCGAACCGAGGAGCAGAGAAGGACGUCCGUUUUCUCUUGUUCUCAACCGUUCCCAGAGAAUGGCUACGUCGCAUUCUUUGCUCAGUCCUGCCCUUUUUGUCCAAAAACACGGCCAUCGGUUCGAGAUAUUGCUGUACGAGUGAUGUUUUGGCGUUCGUAGCGUCCUGUGAACACUUCUGCGGCCUUAUUUUGUGAAAUCCGAAUUUUGGUUCAGCAUUCCUUGAAAGACCCUGUGUUAGUAGUCAUUGUGCAAUCACUAAAUUGUUCCUCUAUGAUGUGGACCAGUGUCACCACGGCAAAGCCAGUCCGACCACUCUCUAAACAUUAAUCUACGACUACCGUACUUCGAGUUUUUCACAACUUUGCACCAGGCCCAUCCGGUAUGAUGUAUUUAUCUUUUUUUAAUCAUGUUAUGAGGCAAUCAAUUGGCUGCUUACAUUAUAACUUCAUCACUCUGUCCAACCACGUUAGACCUAUUGUUUGUGGCACUUUCCCGAUUUUAGCAAUCAUAUUUACUAGAACAUACAUAAUUUCUGAAUGUAGGCCGACCCUUGUAUUAAAGAAAAAGAAAUAUCUGAGGCGAAAUACAAACUAAUUAAAUAUAAACGGACAGUCUGGCCACAUCAAGCUUCCUACCACUGCUCUGCGCACACAUAAAGCUUCACCGCUUUGCAUCUGUGUGCUUGGUAGAAGUAGCCGACUCGCGUGGCAUACCUCAAACAGCUUUAUCCUCUCCGAAAUUUUGCUCACUAUUACAGGUCUCUCAUUGUUGCAAAUAUAUUUCUCAUUAACACGUGAUUGUUGAUUAUAUGUAAGCCUGAAGUUAUCUGGAGAUGUGUGCUUUGUUGGAAUAGGUUACUGAUGACCAGAGUUGGAAGUUUCCUAGACUUGGACACCUUGGCUUUGAGCAGGCACGUGCGAUUUUUUGUUGUAUAAACAGUUGAAAGAAAUGUAAAUAUGUUUGAUAGCCUGUUCCAACUAACCUUGUAUACCUGUUUGCCAGCACAUUAGGGGCUGUUGAUUUCAAUAAAAUACAAGCGCUAGCUUCGA